AUGGAACCGUUCAACCAAUCCUCCUCAAUCAGAUUUAUUCUUCUCGGUUUGUCCUCAAAUUUUUAUUUGGAAGCUUUUGGCUUUCUUGCAUUCUUGUUGAUAUAUCUGAUAACUUUAUUAGCAAAUCUUCUUCUGAUCAUUGUGGUGAGCGUUAAUUCAAAGCUCCAGACUCCUAUGUACUUUUUUCUUACUAAUCUCUCCAUUAUUGACAUUUGCUUCUCUACCACCGUGGUACCUAGAAUCCUGAUAAACUCAUUGACCAAGGACAAGAGUAUUUCUCUACCAGAAUGUGCUGUCCAGAUGUACUUUCAUUUGGCUUUUGGGUCUACAGAGUGUUUCGUACUUGCCAUCAUGGCCUAUGAUAGAUUUGCUGCCAUCUGUAAACCACUACACUACAAUACCAUCAUGAACAAGAAGAUGUGUACUGGUCUGGCAGCUGCAUCAUGGACAUCAAGCUUCAUCAACUCCAUGAUACAAGUGACCUACACCUUCCAGAUGUUUUUCUGCCAUUCCCACCAUCUCAACCAUUUCUUUUGUGAGGUACCCCCAUUUUUAAAAAUAUCAUGCAGUGAUACUUGGCUCCAUGAGUUGUCAAUGUAUAUCACAGCAGGGAUCAUAGUUAGUUUAUCUUUUGUUUUCAUUCUGAUUUCAUAUAUUUAUAUUCUUUCCACCAUAUUGAAGAUCAGUUCUUCUCAUGGAAGAUAUAAAGCUCUCUCCACUUGUGCCUCCCACAUCAUUGUGGUGACUAUUUAUUAUGGGACUAUCAUGAUUCUGUAUUUACGUCCACAUUCUCGUUCCACUACACACAUAGACAAGUUUGUCUCCAUACUCUAUUCAACUGUAACUCCCAUGCUAAACCCCAUCAUUUACAGUGUCAGAAAUAAAGAUGUCACAAGCACCAUAAAAAAAAUUUAA